CCCCCUCGCGGCGCACACGCGGACGCAUGCGUGGCCACACCAUAACGAGCCGGAAGUAGCCCCCCCGGCCCGGCAAUGUCGGCGCUCCUCCCGCCGCCCCACGGCCCGCACGCCGCCGGGGACGCCAAGAAGACCCACCUCGCCGGCAGGAACACCCCCUUCUGCGCCGCCGGGGACCACCACCACCCCAAGAAGCCCCGCGCCGGGCCCUCCGCCGCCAAGCUCGCGCUCGCCUCCUUCCUCUUCGUCGGCGCCCUCUUCGCCCUAGACGCCUACCUCGCCGGCGCUGGCGCAGACCGCCCGCUGCGCCACCAGUACCAACAUUACCUCGGCCGCGGCCGCGCCGAGAGCGAGAGCGAGAGCAAGAGCGCCUCGCCUUCCUGGCUCUCCGUGCCGAGCCCCACCAACUUCACCGAGGACCUCCUCGCCCGCUGGCUCACGCCCGGGGGCUCCCGGUGCCGCGACGCCCGCACGGCCAACAUCUCCGUCCCGCUCCUCGACGGCGCCGAGCUCAGCGCCGCCGAGAUUCACGAGUUCAGGUUCUGGGCGCUGGACGACGCCGGCGCGCGCCGCUGCCUCGGCGGGGACUUCUUCGAGAUCGACCUCUCCGGGGAGGCCUGGAAGUCGCGGCCCCCCGUCGUGGACCGCGGCGACGGCUCCUACACCUUCCGCCUCCAGGUCGCGCCCCGCUUCGCGGCCGGGGACUUCCGCCUCACCAUCGUGCUCCUCUUCCGCAGCUUCGAGGGCCUCAAGUUCUCCUCGGCCAGGUUCAGCUACCACACCGAGCUCCGCCGCAUCCCCCUACUCUUCCGCCCGGGCAACGCGUCGCUCCCCGCGCUGGAGACCUGCCGCGCCGCCGACUUCCGCCGCGACGUCUGGUCCGGCCGCUGGACGCGGCUCGCCAGGAACGACAACUGCGAGGACGUGGACGACGCCGGCCGGUACCGGUGCCUGGAGCCGGACCACCCGUGCGAGGCGCCGUGGUGCGAGGGGCCGCUGGGCGCGCUGGAGAGCAACGGCUGGGUCUACUCGGCGCACUGCUCCUUCAAGCUCUUCACGGCCGACGCAGCGUGGCGGUGCCUCGACGGCAAGUGGCUCUUCUUCUGGGGGGACUCCAACCACGUCGACACCAUCCGGAACCUGCUGGCCUUCGUUCUCGGCGUCGAGGACACCUCCGCCGUGACGCGCCGGUUCGAUGCGGUGUUCACCAACCCCAGCGGCGAGCCCGGGACCGUGCGGAUCACCAGCAUCUACAACGGCCACUGGAACAUGAGCAUGAACUACCUCGGCCUGCAUUCGCUGCGGCACAGGGGGUUCCGGCAGCUUGUCCGGUCGUACUUCAUGGGCGGUGACCGCGUCCCGGAUGCUGUCGUCCUCAACUCCGGCCUCCACGACGGGUGCUACUGGAGCAGCUUCCGCGCCUACGUGCAGGCCACCGAGUUCGCCGCGCAGUUCUGGUCCGGCGUCAUGGCCAAAGUGCGGUCGCGCGGGCUCGCCGCGCCGAGGGUGUUCUACCGGACAACGGUUGCCACCGGCGGGUACGCCCGGGACCUGGCGUUCAACCCAAACAAGAUGGAGCUCUUCAACGGCGUGCUCGUGGAGAGGCUGAGGCAGCAUGGCGUGCUCACGGGCGGGGUGAUCGACAACUUCGACAUGACCUUCCCGUGGCACUACGACAACCGCUGCAACGACGGCGUGCACUAUGGCCGUGCGCCGGCGAAGCUGGUGUGGCGGGACGGCAAGAUCGGCCACCAGUACUUCGUGGACCUCAUGCUGGGCCAUGUGCUCCUCAACGCCAUCUGCAACGGAUGAAACCCUGCUGGUUCCACUCCACGCUCUGUAAGUUUGUGCAGCUCAAUUGUGUAAACUAGAGUAGGAUUACCACGGAACGGAGAUUGCUGAGGUAAAAUUGCGGCGUGUGUUCAUGUGUACAAUCGAUAUUAGGGGGCUUAGCUGAACCAUUUUAUGUGGCGAGACAUGUGAUCAUUCAGCUAUGUUGCUGGUCUGAUCUUGCUCUAGCUGGUGGGGAACAUUGAGUUGGAUCGGAGCUAGAUUUGGGUGAAAAUCAGGUACGUGUAAAUAUAUAUACCAAUGCCGUUGAGGGGGCGUAAUGCAUAUACAAAUUCAGUA